AUGGAUAGAUCUCUUCUGGAUGCCAGUAUCCAGGAUAUGAAGAAGUUCCUUAGCAAGGAAGAGCGAUAUGACUACAUUGAGAGAGGACGAAGGUAUAAAUGUGUAUACCUCCUUCAUGGAUUUCCAGGCUGUGGGAAAACGCCAUUCAUUGAACUUAUAGCAAGUAUCUUUCAAGUUGGCUUAUAUUCUCUUGAUAUGAGUAACGAGACCUCCGUACAAAUGAGGGACUUAUUAUCUGCCAUCCCCAAGCGUUCGCUAUUUGUUAUCGAGGACCUUCGAACAAGUACUUUCCAGAAAUCUGAAGAAGAGGACCCAGAGUCACAUGAAAAAUUAACAAAGGGGGUGCCGGUAGCAAGCUUCUUGAAUAUGCUGGAUGGUUUCGUAGCCCCUGAAGAAAUCAUUACAAUCACAACAACAACUUGUCUUAAAGACCUCGAGAAAUAUUGUAAAGAUCUUCUACGACCUGGUCGAAUUGAUAGGAAGAUAAAGCUGGGAUAUAUUGCAUCUAGUGGGGCCGCAAUGAUGUUUGAGAAUUUUACUAGGUCAAAGGAUCUGGAUAUGGCAGAGAGGUUCGGAAGGGAAAUUCCUAAGGACAGUAUUACUCCAGCUGAUCUUCAGGAGUACCUUACGCCAAUGGUAAACAAUCCCAACCUGGCAAUUGAAGGAAUUUCGGACUGGGGAUCUAGUAGAGAGGUAUCUGCUAAGGAAAAAAUCCCGGGAAGUAACUUCGUGAAUCAAGGGGGGAAGAGGAAGAAGAAGCGAAAUAAAAGACAAAGAACUUUGGGUAUGAAGACUCUCUGCUUAAAAUUGUACUAUUUUCACCACAGCAUUACAAUAGAAGAAAGUCUAAAGGAAGCGUUCCAGCCGUAG